AUGAAGAAACGGAAUGGAGCGACCAUCUUGAAUAAAGGAGAAAGUGUCCUUGUUGUCAGUUUCUAUCGAGACUGGCUGAAUGAAUUCCGGAGGCACUUGGAAGAUGACGGCGCCUCCGUUGGUGAACUGGAAAUCUGGAAAAUGUGUCUUGUGAUCCUGAUGGUAUGCAUCAUCCUUGUGUACUACAUUUUCAUCAACUGUGCGCCACCCCAUAUAAAAAGACGCCACUUGAUUCGCCCACUGGCAGAUCGUUAUUCGCUAACAAGCACAUCGUUCUUCCAAGAAGAACGGAAGAAGUACGCAAGGGAACAAAGCAUUUGAAAGAAAAAUGUUCAAAUGAGUGAUAAAAGCUUUUUUUAAAAAGA